GAGGAGGAGAAACCACAGCACGAUUACUCACACAACUGUUUCAACGUGUCAGUGAAAAGUGAGAGUUGACUCAGAAUGAUGAUGAUGAAGGUACUACUGACGGUGGGGGUGAUGGCGGUGACGACGUUCGCAGAAGAAAAGGGCAAUGGCAGAUCUGACCUUGUCAAGUACACCAUCAAUCCUGGUGGACAGGUCCUUAUCAAGUCACCAGAAAACCUCACUCAUAGCGAGUACGUAGUUGAGUGUCACAAGGUUGAUUUUACUACCUUGAAGCUGGUACCCGGGGUAACAACCUUUCCCGACUGUGACAGAGAAAGAUUCAUAAUUUCCACGAAUAAUACCAGGGACAUAGAGGUCUGUGCAAAUAAUAAGUGGCAGGAUCUACAGAACACCGGAACGUCUAAUGGCUGGAUGAAAAUCAAGUACCAGCUCCUGCAGGGUGUACGGUCCACUGCGUUCCAAUUUGUCGUCAAGUGUUCGAGAGUAAGUCAGAUGAAUAGCAUGAAAUAGUGUCUCAAGCAACUGCCUCUAUUCUUUAAAAACACGACUGUACGAGGACCACGAUGAGAUUUUUUUUUAGGGAUAUGUUCAUUUUAAGGAGUGAUAUUUUGUUUCUCACUAUUCAGUGUAUAUGGACUCGGAAACCCAAUCACAUCUUCCUGACUAAUACUAACAGAAUGUAAACUAUUAAUAACAUAACCUGGAUUUACAAAACACUUGGGAGAGAAGACCAACCAUUUAUCCCCUCGUCAGCUACAGUCUUUAACCUGAUUUAGUCCACCUUAUACAUUACUUUAAUAACUGAAACCCAAAGUAAAGAAGCCUAACCUAACCUAUUAACCUAACUUAUUCUAAUGUAGUUUAACUAACCCUGAACCCAAGUUAACUAAACUCGUGGUACUAAAAUAUACAUUAUUCAUUCUAUACUGAACAGUAUGACAUACAGUAUAUACAGUACAUACAGUAUGAAAUAUGCAUUAAUAUACACUCGUAGAUAAAUAAUAAUUAAUUUACUUUAAUUAGAUACAGAAAAUAUGCAGUAUAUGCUGAAUAAAAUAUACAGUAUAUGGUGAAUAAGAUAUAUAGUAUAUGGCAAUGCUUAUUGACUGCUACUUAAAUAUGCUGUAAAAUAUAGAAAAUAUUAUAUUCCUGGCUGAUGUCAACUUUCAUGAUAUAUUAUGAAUUUAUCUCCUAAAAACCUCUUUUGAUCUCGUGCGGUGUAUUAACAGAAUAGAAUAAAAUAUUGCAACACAAA